AUUGUCAGAUUGAAAAUUUCUUGAUUGAAUAAUUGUAUUAAAUUUUGUUUGACUCGUGAAAUCAAAAUGUGUUACGAAAGCCAAGAAAAAAAUGCACAUUUCGUCGCAUAUUUUGCGAUAGUCUAUUCAUUUGUGUCCAUGAUUUUGGAAUGCAUAAAACAAUAUGAACAGUGGUUUUUGGUGUUUUACAUUGUUACCAGUUGUGUGGUUAUCCUAGCCGCCAUUGUUCUGCUCCUAGGAAUUAAAUAUAAUAAGAAGUUUCUUGUGAUGGUAUGGAUCGUGGUAGCGAUCGUGUGCGGAGUCCUUUUUAUCGUUGCAAACAUCAUACUUCUAACGAAACUUUCUGAAACGGCUGACAUUGUUAACACCUCAGUGAAACUUGCCUUCCAUCCCGCGCUUUUUGCAGUUUGGCUUUGGAUAUCAAUUGUAUACUAUGGGACGCUCUGACGAUACCGAUUAUGAUUAGGAAUGAAAUUUUUGUGAAUUUUUGUAUUUAAUAAAUUAUGAAGUGCUCUUUCGUCUGAA